GGAUAAGGCUAGACGGUAUUCAAUGGAGUGACUUUCGGGGGUUUACAGGGUCCAAAAGAGAUGCAGCACACGUCCACGAUUACCUCCGUGUGUUCUAGAAGCCGUAGUAAGAGGGCGUGGCUGGAAUGCGGGAGGGGCGUGGCUUGACGAGAACACCACUAUCCUUGUUGUGUGUAUUCCUGCUCGCAUCGCCAUCUUGUUGCUAUCCCGUUUUUUAACCUAUUUGAGGAUCCUCGUUCUGCCGGCUCGGAUUUCCGAACUAGCCGCCCGAUCCGAGGGAUCCACAGGGACAUAGAGGCUCGAGUGUGUGGCAGUGAAAAACGUGCACGCGCGCUUCCCACCGGGACGCCAACGACUCCCCCCACUCGGCCCUUUUCCGCUGCUCCCGGGGGCUACCGGCUCGGCCGCACCAUGAGCAUCGACACGCUACUGGAGGCGGCCAGAUAUCUGGAAUGGCAAGCCCAGCAGCAGCUCACACACGAGGAAGAGCAGCGUAAAGAGAAGGCACUCAUCAACAAGGAAGCAGAGUUAAGACACAUGGAGCUUGUGACAUCCUUGUCGCAGCCAAUCAGAGCCAACCAUGUCAACUGGGGUGAUGACCCCCACCACCAACAGCCGCCCCACCCUCCAGCGCCCCCGCCGCCCCCUCUCCCCCCGCCUCAAGUGCCCAUCACUGUCAUCCCGAUGGUCCCGGUCGUCACCACGCCCUCGGUCACGCCCCUCCCUCUCACCACACAGAUCGCUGCUGCAGUCUCGACGCUCGCUAGCCCCCCAGCGGCCAAGACUGCUUCUUCCCCCCCGCAGCUGCCUCAGCCGCCGCCCGCCCUGGCGUCCCAUCAGCUGCUGUGCUCCCCCCAGAUGAAGGUUGACACGGGUAAUCAGCUGGUCAAAUGCAGCCAAUCGCAGCCUCAAGUUCACAUUCAAUACCCGCCCUCCAUCAGCACCAACGGGCCCACCCCUCAACCUGCUCUGGCCCCUAAUCAAGCCCCACCCACAUCGCAGCUGAGACCCAAUGGAGUGACGCUGGAGGACAUGAGGGGCAUGGAGGGGAAGAGGAGACCUGGAGGGGCGGGAACCAGAGAGGUGCACAACAAACUGGAGAAGAACCGGCGGGCGCACCUCAAGGAGUGUUUUGAGACACUAAAGAAGAACGUCCCAAAUGUGGACGAGAAGAAAACCUCCAACCUGAGCGUCCUUCGCAGUGCUUUGCGCUACAUUCAGACGCUGAAGCGUAAGGAGAAGGAGUUUGAGCACGAGAUGGAACGCCUGGCGAGGGAGAAGAUCGCCACUCAGCAGCGUCUAGCCGAGCUGAAGAACGAGCUGAGUCAGUGCAUGGACGUGAUGGAGAUCGACCGCAUCCUGAGACAGACCAUCCAGCCCGAGGACGAUCAGGUGUCCACGUCCACCGCUUCAGAAGGAGAGGACAACCUGGAGCAGGACGUGGAUGAGGAUGGACCCACCCCCCCUGCCCAUACCCCGCUCCCGAGAGCAGCCGCCUCCAUGUUGCAAACUCAGCCGCUGGUGGCCCCUCACCUGUCCAUACAACACACACCACUGCCUCUUGGGGUGUUAGCCACGCCUCCUUCCUCUGUUCCUCCUCCCCCUCAGGCCAUGAUUCCCAGCCUGACACCGGUCCCGCCUCCCUCUCAGCCGGGCAUUCCGACACCAACUGUGCAGGUUCAGCCCACAGUCAUUGCCCAUGCUGCGGUGUCCCACCCCUCCGUCAUCCAGGCUGUCAGUCAUGCAAUGCCGACCAAUCACAAGCACCUAACGCACAUUGCCCCCUCCCCCAUCCCCGCCUCAUCCGCCCCGCAGCCCAUUGCAGCCGCCUCACCAGCCCACCAGCCGCUUUCCGCCCAGCCCAUCGGACACAUCACAGUCCACCCGGUGGCUCACCUGGGGGCGCCCCUCCCGUCCCGCCUUCCCACACUGUACCCGCAGGGCGUGUCUGUGUCGCAGCCUGCCGUGGUGGGCCACAUCACUCACACCUUCACUCACCACACAUUGCCGCACGUGCAGGCUAAUCCUCAAGCCAACGCCAUCGGAGCGCAGGUGAACAACGCCACCAUGGUCGGCCAGGGGGCACCGUCACUAGGCAAGCCCACGGCGGUGCUGGCGCCUCACCCCCAGCUGGUUGGCCAGACGGCUGUCCUCAACCCUGUCACCAUGGUAACAGUUCCAACCUUCCCUGUCAGCACAAUCAAGCUCGCCUAAACAAGGACAAGGACUUCUAGGAAGCGGAGUCAAGAUGUCAGCCCCACCCAUCCUAUCCCUCCAAGCAGACGCACUAAAAAGCUCCGCCCAUCCACUCAGCCCUCAGUGGACGAUCAGGUGACGUCACACCAUGAUGUCACUCGUCAUGAACCAGGAAGCAUCAGGCUGGAAGGCCAAUCAGGUCGCCUCGGAUGCGAGAGCGCUCUCUGCUGAACACAUGAACUACCUGCACAGGUAAGCAGCUGUAGAGAUGAAAGCAUACUCUAGAAAGCUUUUGGAGGGUGAACACAUGAAGAGAAAAAUGCUGCCAAUGUCCAACUCUCCAAAAAAAAAAAAAAUUAGCUUUUUUGCCCCACAAUUUCAAAAUGUUUGACUGGAGGCCACGCCCACUUCUGUGUGUGUGUGUGUGUGUGUGUGUGUGUGUGUGUGUGUCUUCCACUGCUGUGGCUGCAGCCUGUUUCUGCUUGUUGGUCGCAUGCGCCUCUAUACUUUUUCAACACUGUGACAACAAUGAGCGAAUGAAAAAGACAAAUGUUUUCAGUUUCCCAUAUUUUUCCUCGUUUGGACUGAAUUCCAGUGGAAAUAGAAGUUAGAAAAAAAUGUUGCUCUUUUCUUGCUAACCUAAUGUCUAAUAUUAAGUUUUGUAAUGUAUGUAAGAACAUUUUUGUUAAAUGUGAUGGUAUGCACGCUGGUGCGUUUGAGUGUAUGUACCUUUUUAUUAUUAAUGCUUCUUUCUUUUUAGUUGUUGUGCAUGUAGAUUGUUUUUGUCUUGUUUCUGUGCGGGACCAUGUAGAAUACUGUAAAACGUGGGCGGGAUCUUGGACCUCAUGCUAUAUUGAUAUUAUAUAUUAAUAUAAAUAGAGUUUUCCCUAUGGAGAAAGUGUUAUAUAAGGCCUGUGCACUGUGGGCUGCCUUUUAGGUCCAACUGUCCACUCUAUGACAUAACAAUGAAAAAAAUAUAAAUGAUGAUUUAUGCUGGUGAAAUAAUAAAGAUUCUUAAUAAAUCUUA